CUCCGUCAUUUCUCCUGGUGGGAAAGGUGGUGUAAGGAGAGGUGAAGAUAUGGAGGACCGGGAGGGAAUGCUAGGGCCAGAAAGGGGCAGGCCCAGGCGCGGGAGAGGGAGGAGAGAAACAGGCAUGAGGGUGUUGGCUAAAGACAACAAUGUCUAGGGAAGGAGGGCCUGUACAAGCUGGAGUAUCUUGAGCCCUCUUAGUAGUGGGAACAGGAGAAGUGGCGGCUGGGAAACAGAUCUGCUAGAGGUCAGAGCUGAACUGCCGGCUAAGUCACUGGGUCCUGGAAUCUAUAAACAACACUGAGGACAGCAAAGAGCAUCUAAGAGUGCCACGUUCCAAAAGAACAGCUUCUGGCCUCACGCCAUGUGGGGGACCCUGUUGCUGCUGCUGCUGCUGCUGCCGCCAACGCUGCUGAGCUCAACCCAAGCAGAGCCUCCCCAAGAGAGGGUCCCGCUGUUGCGGCUCACUCAGCUGGGCCCCUCGGGAGCCUGUAACAGCAACACCACGGACUCGCCCUGCGAGGGACUGUCGGCCGUGGGGACCACAGCCCUCACCCUGACCAACCGCAGCCUGGAGCGCCUGCCCAGCUGCCUACCCCGCGCGCUGCGGAGCCUGGACGGCAGCCACAACCUGCUGCGCGCCCUGAGCCCUCCCGAGCUCCGCCACCUGUCGCAGCUGCAGGUACUGACGCUGCGCCACAAUCGCAUCGCGGCGCUGAGCUGGGGCCCCGGCUGGCCCGCGGGGCUGCACACUCUAGACCUCAGCUACAACCGGCUGACCGCCCUGCCGCGGUGCGCGGGACCCGAGCUGCCCCGCCUCCGCGCGCUGGUGCUGUCCGGGAACCCGCUGCAGGAGCUGCAGCCCCGGGCCUUCGCCUGCUUCCCCGCACUGCAACUCCUCAACCUCUCCUCCACUGCGCUGGGCCGCGGAACUCAGGAGGACAUCACCGAGGCGGCGUUCACCGGAGCUGGGGGUGCGCCCCUGGCCACGCUCGAGGUCCUGGAUCUCAGCGGCACGUUUCUCGAACGGAUUGAGUCAAGGUGGAUCAGAGAUCUGCCGAAGCUCACGUCCCUCUACUUGAGGAAGAUGCCCAGGCUGAGCAUCCUAGAGGGGGACAUUUUCAAGAUGACCCCAAACCUGCAGCAGCUGGACUGUCAGGACUCCUCGGCACUCACUUCUGUCCACACGAGCAUCUUUCAAGACACGCCUCAGCUGCAGGUCCUUCUGUUCCAGAACUGUAAUUUGAGUUCCUUCCCUCCUUGGACACGGGAUUCUUCCCAAGCCCUAUCCAUUUACCUCUUUGGCAACCCGCUCACGUGCAGCUGUGAGUUGUCCUGGCUCUUCAAGGAUGCAAAGACAACUGUCCUGCACAGGGCAGCAGACACUGUGUGCACUCCAGCUGUGGGAUCCAGUAGCCCCUUCUCAGCCCCUCUGGCACUCGCCGAACUGCCCAGCGCGUGCCAGUCCAAGGAAAGCUCCACGCUCCUGGCUUCAAACCCACACUCCUUUGACCACUCUAUCUCCACACCAUCUACACAGGGGCCCUCCACUCACAGGGGUGCAGCCCCUCCUACUCAGCCUGAGGUAAGCCAACAGAGUGUCUCCAAAGCCUCUCUCUUCCCUGUGGAUCCCUUCACAGCAGCUGCAUGGCCGCCCAGCAGUUUCAGGGAGGAGACUGUCCCCUCUGCUACCAGCUCUACAGCGGGUUACAACUCCAGCAUUGCACCCAGGGCUGCCGGCACAGCCCAGACAGAGCUCGGGAAAGAACUCACUGCUGGGCUUGUUGUUGAGCCUAAUAGCUCAGCUACCUCCACCUCAUUGGUCAGCAAACACUCUGGACCAUUCCUGACCUCACAGACUCCCACGAGUUCGCCUCAUUCCCACCAGAGGACACAGGCCACCCCUAAGACACCCCACCCAAGUCCUUCCGAAGGUGAGAUACCUAUCUUCCUGUUAGAUGACUAUGAGGAGGAGGGAGCCGUGGAGGAGGUGGCCCAAUCUCCCCAGGAUGUCCCUUGUGAUUACCACCCCUGCAAGCACCUGCAGACACCAUGUGCAGAGCUGCAGAAGCUCUUGCGAUGCGGGUGUCCAGGCCUCAGCGGAGAAGAUAUCAUUCCAGACCCUCCCAGGCUGCAGGGAGUGUCGGAGAUAACAGACACGUCGGCACUUGUCCACUGGUGCGCCCCCAACUCGGUGGUGCACAGGUACCAGAUCCGCUACUCUGCAGAGGGCCAGCCCGGGAACCAGUCGGUGGUGCUGGACAUCUAUGCCACAGCCCGGCAGCAUCCUCUGUACCAACUCUCACCUGGCACCACAUACCAUGUGUGCGUGCUGGCAGCCAACAGGGCGGGCCUGAGCCAGCCACAGGCCUCCAGUUGGACGAGGGGGUGCACUACCUUCACCACCAAGCCCAGCUUCGUGCUCAUCUUCGCCGGGCUUGGCGCCGCCGGUGGCCUGCUGCUGGUCUGCACGCUGGUGCUGUCAGCGUGUCUCUGCAGGCGAGGCUGGAGGCCACGGCAGCAGCGCUAUGACACGCACCUGGUGGCCUACCAAAAUCCAGCCUUCGACUAUCCGCCAAAGCACCAGACUGCCAAGUAGCCCAGCUUCACUCCUCCAGUAGACCUGUGAGUGCAGAAGAGAGUCUAAAAAGGGCCAGGUCCACUCAGCUAGCCUCUAAGUGUACUCAUGGAGCUUGCAACACUGAGUUUCUCAGUCUCGGGAGCAAGGGCCUUCCCUUCCUCCAACUUUUCUGUUCUCAGAAACCCGAUGGUCAAGACCAGACCACCCCUAUUGCCACAGAGCAUUCUCAUGCAUUGUUUCACUUGGGUUGUUCAGCCGUCUGUCCUCAAGGGUGCAGAAUAGUGUACAGGAAGAGGAAGAGAUAAAACAGACAUCGCAUAACCCACCCUCUUCUGCCGUGCUGGAAAUGACGUCCUGGGCCCUUUUCAGUGGAAGACCCUUCGUGGUCAGGCUCUGGCUAAGGCACAGGGAGCCAUGGUACUCACGGAAUCAGCUCCAGCAAUUCUUACCCUGUGAACUGGGAAGAAGAGAAAGAGCUACUGAUUGUUUCCUGAGGCCUUCUGGGUUUAUUAGCUGCAUUUCGGGAUACAGCAAAUAUACUUCUAGUUAAAACCAUGGUCUUCUGGGAAGAUCUGCGAAGCAUGGGAAAGGCUGUCUUUUUUUUUUUUUAAGGUUUAUUUUAUUGAAUUUUAUUUUCCACUUUGAUCAGAGAGAGGCAGAGAA